GGGUAAUGGGGGCAUAUUUCCCCACCAUCACAGAGUGAAUUAGACAGGUGACAAGAGGGAGCGGGCUCAGGCUGAGGCUCAUCAGCCUAAUUCUCUGUCCCAAGCCAAGAAAUUGGCUCCUCUCGUCCCUCUUCUGUUUGUCCUGCCUUCCCGGAAUUCCUUUGUUCCCGGGUUUCCACUGGGUCUUGGUACCCCACCCCACCCGCUUUUCACCAUUGCUCUGGUUCUGCUACCCAAUGGCAGCCUCCAGGUCCUUGCGGGGCUCCUCCCCUGCCUAGGCCUUAAAAACCCGCCUGCAGCCAGCGCCCUCAGACGCCCCAGGUGGCACCUCACAGUUCUCUGCUUUGAGACAAGCUGAGAGAAGACUUCAACCAAGAAAGGAAGUGAGCAGCAGCAGAGGAACACGCCUGUUCCAAGGUCGUGGCGGGUUUGGAGGGUCUGUGACGGGCCCGCAGGCCUCCCAGAGGACACAAGCAAUCCAGCUGAGCAGGACCGAAGGACUUCUUUGUAUUCAGUGAGUAUCAGGUGCUGAGGCCCACAGAUGUGAGGUCUGGCCCGGCCUGAGAGCAACAGAUCCACCUCCUGAGCAGUUGAGACCCACCCGGAACUCGAACUCCGAGCUCCCAACCCUGUUGAGUGCGUGAUUCAGGCUGAGAGCUGAGAAGACCUGAGGAGCGGAUGGCUUCUACUGGCCUUGAACUCCUUGGCAUGACCCUGGCAGUGCUGGGCUGGCUAGGGACCCUGGUGUCCUGUGCCCUGCCACUGUGGAAGGUGACAGCCUUCAUCGGCAACAGCAUCGUUGUGGCCCAGGUGGUGUGGGAGGGGCUGUGGAUGUCCUGUGUGGUCCAGAGCACCGGCCAGAUGCAGUGCAAGGUGUACGACUCACUACUGGCGCUGCCCCAGGACCUCCAGGCUGCCAGAGCCCUCUGCGUUGUUGCCCUCCUGCUGGCUCUGCUGGGCCUGCUGGUGGCGAUCACGGGUGCCCAGUGUACCACGUGUGUGGAGGAUGAAGGUGCCAAGGCCCGAAUUGUGCUCACCGCAGGGGUCCUCCUCCUCCUCUCGGGCAUCCUGGUGCUCAUCCCUGUCUGCUGGACAGCCCAUGCCAUCAUCCAGGAUUUCUAUAACCCACUGGUGGCUGAAGCCCUCAAGAGAGAGCUGGGAGCCUCCCUCUACCUGGGCUGGGCAGCAGCUGCGCUGCUCAUGCUCGGUGGAGGGCUCCUCUGUUGUACAUGCCCCCCAUCUCAUUUCGAGCGGCCCCGUGGACCCAGGCUGGGCUACUCCAUCCCUUCCCGUUCAGGUGCUUCAGGACUGGAUAAGAGAGACUAUGUGUGAGGCUGAGGCUUCCUCCAGAAGCUCAAACCUGCAGCCUUAUGCCCAGGCACUAGGCUGCACCCUUGCAUCUCUAAUCAACCUCGUGUGCCAGGGACGCUCACUUCUGUUUGGUCAAGACUGGUCUGUCUUGAGCCAACCCUUUGCGGUGGUUGCAAUCUUGAGAAAGCGCCAAAACUGUUGGGGACCCUGGCCCAUCCCUGCCUCCCAGGGUAUUGCUGUGGUUUCCUCUCCUGAACAGACUUACUCUCCUCUCCAUGGAGCUGUGCCUUACCCCAGGAACCUGGGCCUCAGCCUCCUUGCCUUCAAAAUAAGAUGUGCAGUGACCUAACAGCCUUCAGCUGGUCAAGUCUAGCCCAACCACCACCUGAAUCCAAGCUGCUCAGUGCCCUACCCGUUCCCCACCCUGAGCUGGGAAUAAAAGCACAUUGUAACUGA